AUGGAGCUCGGAAACGCCAUCGAGUAUCUCAUGAGUUUUGCCGUCUCCGUCGCCAUCCAACAAACACUUCUAGAAACCGCGCUGGCCGGUCUCGUUUCCGCUGUCGCCUGGCCUGUCGCCUUAAUGUCUGUCUCCUCUGUCCUCGACAACCCAUGGAAUGUCUGUGUCUCCCGAGCAGCAGAAGUCGGAGAGCAUCUGGCGGAGGUCUUAUUGAGUAGAUCACAUGGAAAACGACCGAUUACGUUGAUUGGGUUCAGUUUGGGUGCCCGAGUGAUAUUUCAUUGUUUGCUGACAAUGAGUAAACGGUCGGAGAGUGUGGGGAUUAUUGAAGAUGUGAUUCUGUUGGGUGCACCUGUCACGGCAUCACCGAAGGAAUGGUCGAAAGUUUGUAGUGUUGUGAGUGGAAGAGUCAUCAAUGGUUAUUGUGAAACCGAUUGGUUGUUGAGAUUCCUCUACCGUACCAUGAGCGCCCAAUUCCGUAUUGCUGGUACAGGUCCAGUAGAUAACAGGAACUCUAAGAAAAUCUACAACUACAAUCUAAGUCAUAUUGUGAAAGGUCACAUGGACUACUCGAAACGUCUAACCGAAGUGCUCCAUGCAGUCGGUGUAAAAGUGGGUCCACAUUCCGAGGAUAGCGUUGUCGACUUGACGGAACUAGAGGGUCCUCAUGAAGCUACUGGAGAGGCAGAAGAAGCAAUUAAUUAUAAAUCUACUGAUACUGAAAGUAAUCUUCCUUUAGUAUUAGACGGCAUUCAUGAGAUUAAAGUGUUGGAUAGUCCACGGUUAGGGGAGAAGAAAAAGAUACAGACCACGGUUUGA